AUGACGCCAGUCUCUACUAAAGGAUUUUUUAAAUGUUCUUGUGAACCAGAAGGGGAUCAUUUCACCGUAGAGCCAUCAUCCUUUACAUACGGUACAAAAAUAAUGCCAACUGUAGAUGGUGGAUUAUAUACUUGUUGGAUAUUAAAUGGUAAAGAAUAUAUCAUACGAUCUGGUUUUACUGAAACAUUUCAAUUUGAUAUAAUCCUUGAUGCGAGCCGAAAUAAAGAGGGAUGUUUAGAGUUUUGCUGUGAUUCUAAAUGCAAACAAUACACAUUUCUAUAUGAUAUAGAACCAAUUGACUGUGAAGACUGUAUUUUAUCUAAUAAUAGAAUGAAACCAACGGAAAUAAUCAGAAAUGAUGCUGAAGAAAGCAUAGGGAAUAUCAGUAUUACAAUGAUUAUUGAUAUCUUCAAUCAAACUAAAAAUAUAUCAAUUCCGCCUCCUGAAUAUCCUCGAUAUUCAUAUUAUAUUCCGGGUAUAGAGAUAAAAACUCCAAACAAUCAACAAUUUCUUAAAAACGAUGACAAAAAACUUAUUAUUGAAGGAUCUGCUGUAGAUGGAGAUCCAGACGAUGAAAUACGUGUAUGUUUUAGUAUUGAUGGGAUUUUACAAUAUUGUUUUUAUGUACCUAAUGCUACUUAUUUUAGUGAAUCAGUUGAUUUCAAUAAAUGCUACUUAUGUAGUUUAGAAGAAGGUCCAAAUCAUAAUAUAUCUAUUUUUGCUAAAGAUUUUGUUGGUCAAAAAUCGAAUGAAGUAGUUCUUAACUUUAGUUAUAUGUUUAAUCCACCACAAUUGACAAUUUCCAAGUUUCCAUUAACAAAUUACAAAAGAAAUAUUGAUAAAUCAAUUCAUGUAGAAGGAAAUGUUAUUGAUCGAGAUGGAUUAGGCAAAGUUAAUGUUACUAUUAGUAUUGAUGAUAUUAUGAUUGAUUUUCGUGAGAUUAAUAUUGAAAAUAUUAGUGAACAUUUAUUCCAAUUUGAUGUGAAAUUUACAUCAAAUAUGACAGAAAGUUAUCAUAAUUUGUUGAUUUCUGCUGUUGAUGAGAGAGGCAAACAAUCUAAUCAGUUCAAAAGAAUUUUUUAUUAUGAAUUUAAUAGACCUUAUUUAGAUAUCUAUACUUCUGACAAACAAAAAAUUAUUGGAAUUAGAAAAUUCGCUGUAAGUGGAUCAGUUUCAGAUGAUGACGGACAAGGUUCAUUAGUUAUUAUAUAUUCAUUGGAUAAUAAUGAUCAAACUGAAUUAAUAUCUGUUCAAUUAGUGAAUAACUCCCCUUUCAUUUUUGAUGAAAGUAUUAACUUAACAGAAAGCAUUCAAGCUGGGAUUCAUUCAUUAGAACUUUUUGUUGUUGAUGAUAAUAAUAAGGAAUCAACCCAUCGUUUUCUUAGUUUUACAUAUUUACUCCAUAGCAAACCGCGCCAUAAAAAAUUAAUUCGCAGCGCAGCAUAUCUUUCAUCAGCACUGCGAUACAUCUCCAAAUAA